GAAGAAGCUGUGGACGAAUGUAAUGUAUUCGUCAAGUUCCUCCCAUGUACAUACAAUGAAUAUGACCUAUAUACAUUAUUUAGAUCAUGUGGCACUAUACUCAAAGUUAAAGUAAUGAUCAAUACAAAGACUGAUAAGAGUCUUGGAUAUGGGUUUGUAAGGUUUGCCAGUCCUGAUCAGGCAAAGGACGCUGUUUCCAAAAUGAACCGUGUUCAAGUGGGCCACAAGACCUUGUUAUGCAAGUUGUCCAAACCAUUACAACUACCAUCUCCAAAUAUAUUUUAUGGACUUGGUGGAGCGAAUGGAGCAAAUGGCGCAACUGGUAAUGGUCCAAACUCUUCCGAAAUCAAGGAUGACGCCCCACCAACUUGUGAUCUGUACCUGAGGAUACUGUCGCCAACUAUUACCGAUGCCAAGUUGAAGGCAUUCUUUGAUCCAUACGGUCAUGUCAUGGAUUGUUAUGUACACACGACCAACUUUGGCAAGUCCAAACGUACUGGCUACGUCCGUUUUGCCACCACCGAUGAAGCCACUGCCGCACUAUGUGGUACACGAGGUACCCUACUACUUGGAGAGACUCCUUUACUUGACACUCAUUUAUUCAAUCAAUCAGUCAACUACCAAAGCCGGGCACAAUUACACAAAGAUAAUAAUAAUUCCAGUUCCACUACGACAACUUCCACUUCCACAUCAACUUCCAACACAACUACAUCAACCAAUGUAUCACCUGUGGUAAGCUCCCAGGUGCCAUUCCAUCAGAAGCAACAACAACAUAAACAACAAAUACAACAACUACAAUUACAACAACAACAACAACAACAACAGCAACAACAUUCAAACAACGCCAUAAACGCCAACACCAAUAACAACAAUAAUAACUAUUAUAUAACUCAACAACAACUUUCACCGAAGCAGAAGCAACAACAACAACAACAACAACAACACUUAGAUAGCAUAUACCAAUGUCCAUCUACUUCUCCACCUUUGCACUCAGUCUACCAUCGCCCACCAAAGACUCCAUCUCCACCACCCGUCCCCAAUCACUACCAAUCCUACCAACAUACACCAACAUCACAACAUGUUAUAUAUGUAUAUCCCCAAGCUCCUCCACAUCAUCCUCAUCCCCAUCCACAUCCUCAUCCUCUUCAACAUCAACGUCAACAACUUCAACAACGCCCACAUUCACUACCACCUCCUCCACCACCUCCUUUCUAUAUACCAAUCGACUACGAACCUAGUAAGCCGACAUUGUCAUCGUCCACUUCAUCGCUGUCGGAAUGUGAUGGAGUGAGUGGCGGCAACAAUCACAACCUCAUUGUGAGGACACAAUACGACAUUGACUUCUCCGAGUUGUACAAAGCAUUCUCCAAGUAUGGCCGACUACAAGGACUAAAGAUUAACGACAGGAGUGCCAAUGGUACAGUAUGUUCAACCGUCAGCUUUGUCAGUAGUGAUGAUUGUCAUCAUGCCAAGUUCUACCUUGAUGGUGCUGAGCUUGGUUCACAAACAAUCAAAGUUGACUAUGAACAUCGACAUGUCCUUUCAACAUCAUCCGUUGGUUUC